AUGGCAGUCGUUCAACCCGGUGUCGUCGCUCAUAUUGCCCACUGCUUGGGCUCGACCAAGGACGUCGUCUCGUUUUUGCAGGCGCUGCCACGUGAUGCGCUCGACGCGCCUUUGGUUGCGCUUCAAACACUCUUGACAUCGGGCGGUCUCAACCAAACUAGUAUCUGGCCGCAGGUCGCCGUCGAGUUCUUAGCCGAUCCCAAUGGAGCGAAUGUGCGCGCAGCGCUACCAGCGUUUCGUUCCAUUUCCAUCCACAACCUCUACAGCCUCGCCGAGAAGCUACGCGACGCGAGCAGCGAUGCGCUCGAAGCCAUCGUUGCGUUUGCGGCCACGUGGGGUCACAAGAUUACGUCCAUCGACGUGACAUUCUGGCUGCAGCCCAAAGAUAAUGACGUGCUGACGCGCGUUCUUGGUCUUUGCACGGGUCUCGUCUCGGUCGCCGCCAACAUCGAUGCUGUGUCGGACCCCGCAACGCUUGCAACGAUCGUCCAAGCGGCGCAGCACGCCAAGCGCAUCGUCUUUUACUCGGACAUCGACCAGACAUUUCCUUGCGGCGACUGGCGCUGUAUCUUUGCGCAUUGGCUGGCGUCCGGACACGCAACAGGCCUCGGAUUGCAAGAAUUUUCGUCCACGGACGAUGCAGCCUUUGCACGCGCCAUUGCCACAACCACGUCGCUCACAAGUCUCGCGCUGACCAACACCGAUGGUGUUCUUCAAGGCUUACUGAAGGCAGCGAUGCCGUUGCACCAUCUCACGGAGCUGCGUGUCGUCACACCCCAUAACGGUGUCGCCGAGACGCUCCUUUCGACGUUCCUCGAUCCCUCGCGCCUUCGCAUGCUCGAGCUCGACAUCGGAAUUGACGAUGCGGACUUGGCAAUUGUACUGACGUUAUUGCCACGUCUCGUGCGGCUUGAAGAGCUCUCGUUGCGCAAUGGCCUACUGGAAGGCGAGCCCGAUGUUUCGAUGGCGCCGCGCUGCCCCCGCGAGCUCUGCAUCGAUCGAUGUACCAUUGAUGACGGUGCCUUCUCUGGCCUUCUCGCGUGGGCUUCGCAGUCGCCGUGCCUCGAGACCGUCUCGAUCCGCUAGGAGACGUCAGUCUUGCAUCGGCCGAGGAGCUCUUGGAGGCGCUGGCAACGUGCUCCGGCGUUUGCGUCGAGGAGGUCUAUCUCAAACGAGAUGUCCGAGAC